AUGGAGGCUUUUUCAGGUCUAAUGAACAAAGCUAUCGAUGUAGGAGCAUUUGACGGGGUACAUCUUCCUAACGAUGGCCCGGUUCUAUCUUAUUUAUUAUAUGCGGAUGACGCGAUGUUGAUGGGAGAGUGGUCAGCUUUCAACUUUGUUAAUAUGAAGCAGAUUCUUUGGACUUUUUAUUUGUGUUCCGGUCUGAAGAUUAAUCUUCACAAGUCGAUGUUGUUUGGUAUUGGGGUCGAUAAUAAUGAGCUAAAGGCUAAAGCAGCUUCUUUAGGGUGUAAAGCAGGGGAUAUUCCGUUUCUUUAUUUGGGCAUCAAGGUUGGCACGAAUAUGGACAGGAUUGCGAACUGGGAACCGGUGGCGCCUAAGAAUAUCAUAAAUGAGUUGGAAGGAAUGAUGAGAAGGUUUUUGUGGGGUGGAUCCAACGACGUUAGGAAACUAAGUUGGGUUUCGUGGGAGAUUGUUACUAAAUCUAUUACGGAUGGAGGCCUGGGAAUUGCUAGGCUUGAAGUAAAUAAUAAUGCAUUGAUAGUAAAAUGGUUAUGCAGGUUUUUAAAUGAACAUCAAGAUUUGUGGAGAAGGGUUGUGGUCUCUAUACACGGUUCGAGUAGGACUUGGGGGAUCGCUCCGGUUAACAGUGCCUAUACUAGUGUGUGGAAGAAUUGUGUUUUGUUUUGGAAUAGGUUCAAGGUCGAUGGGGUUGGUCUUAAUUAUGUGAUUCGUGGUAAAGUAGGAAACGGGACGCAUAUACGGUUUUGGUUAGAUACAUGGUUAGGUGACGAACCAUUUAAAGAUAAAUUUCCCAACUUGUUUGUGGUGGAAAAACAAAAAAAGGGUGAUGGUGAGUGA